AUCUGACUCUCCCUCGAUGAAGUGUGCGAGGAUGGAAAACUCUCCCUUCUCCAGAGUGUCCUGGAUCAUGAAGCGGCAUUACACAGAGGACGGCACACUUGAGAUUACUGGUGUGAAAUCCAAACGCUACGAGUACUUCGAGGGCAUAACGCUCUGGCGACCGCCUCCGUCAAAUCCAUGAAGAGCUACGGUCUCAGCCGUGCAAUGCGUAGGGCAGAUUCCUUGCACCAGAGGGGAGAGAUGACACAGAGAGAGGGGCUAACGAUGCAGAGAAGACAGACUGCAAUGCCGGGCUAGGGUUUCGACCUCAAUACAUCUAACGAGGGAACAUGGAAGAAAGUGGCAGGUGACGGUGACUUGGGCUAUAUAUGAACUUCAGCUAUGGACGGCAUCGUUGGACAACAAGGAAGGAUGAACAGUCAUCAAAGGUCAUACACAAGGGUGGUGUAUGUGUCAAGCUUUGCUUUUGUUUAUCUUAUGACAGUAGAUUGCUAAAUUAAUUCAUCUCAAGAACAUUUUUUAAAACUCAAUUUAAAAAAACAGAGUUGUGUUUUAAUUUUGAAUUUACGAAUCAUUUCUGUUUCACAAUUAUCUAAAGUCCUUGAUUUGAAUAUCUGAUUCCUUUUAAUAUUAUGAGGAAAUCCUCCACAGAGACAAUGGUGCAAACACGCAGUAACGCCAAUGUAGGUACCGGAGUUCCCCAGCAGGGGGAGAACAGCGCCACUGGAGGCCGGAAUCCUCCCAUCACUAUGGGGGAAGCUGAGGCCCUCAUCCAGAGGGUUGGGAUCACAGCCGAGCAAUUCAAGGAGGUCCUGGCUGCACUCACACCCAAUCGCGAGAUUGUGGUAGAAGAUGUAGUUGGGGGACCCACAGGCGGGAAGGCCGGACCUGCGGGCUCCCAAGGGAAAAAGAAGAAAGUGAGGCAGUCCCAGAAGAAGAAGGCGACCAAGCCCAAUGGGAAGGCGGUGAUGGUGGACGCGCUUUCCAGGCUGGACGAAGAGGACGAGUCGUCCUCCUUUGAGCGGAUGUCAGCUUUUGACCGUUUGGGGGAUCCCAAAUCAAAGAAACUUCGGACCUCUGCGUUCGAACGGUUGCAAGACACUCGGUCGGCCCGAAAGGGCGACUUGAGGGACACGCUCAAGGAAAAAAGAAGGGAAUCCACAACGACUUCCAAGACUGGUCCUGAGGAGCGACAGACGGUGGUCGGGGACAAGGGCGCGGCCGAGCUGUGGAGAAUGUACGAACAACUGGAGAAGCGGCUGGAUGCCCAGAACCCCUAUCGCCAGGCGGUCUUCAGUGAGGUAACACCCUUCUCUAGGAGGAUAAUGUCUUGUCCUCUCCCGGAUAAUUUCAAAACUCCCCAAAUCAAGGCGUACAACGGGACGACUGAUCCCCAGGACCACCUCGCUCGCUUCGGGGCAAACGUGGUCAUGUAUGCGUACCCAGAAGAAAUCAAAUGUCGAUGUUUUCUGGCCACACUGGAAGGGCAGGCUUGUGAGUGGUUUCACAAGUUACCCAAGGGAUCGAUAGAUAAGUGGAGCGACCUAGCCCACAAGUUCUUGGAGCACUUCGCAUCCAGCCGGAGACAAAAGCUCCCCUUCUCGCAUUUGCUCAAUGUGAAGAUACGGAAGGGGGAACAGCUCCGGGAGUUCAUCAAUAGGUGGGAGAAGGAGGCUAGGGACGUACAAGGGGCGGACGAUCAAGCCCUGAUCGCCAUGCUCCAAGCUGCACUCCCUCAAGGGGAUGUGCGUAAGGAGCUGCGACGGAAUCCUCUCUCGACCUAUCAAGAGAUGUUGGCCAGGGCGAAGUACCUGGCGUUGGAAGAAGAAGAUGAUGAGCCACCAGUCCGGAAGGAGAAGAAAAGCGGGCCGCCGGUGGCAGAAGGAAAGAAAAGGAAGGACUAUGGUAAGGGGCCGAACCCCACCGGGUAUCACGUGAGCAGGCAUCCUGUUCACGCGGUACAGUCGUUGCCUUCCCCUCCUCAUAGUCGGGAAAGCUAUGGUGUGCAAGAUGCACCCAAAUACUGCGAGUACCACUGUAACAGCACCCAUAACACAUCGGAGUGUGUUACGUUGAAAAAGGAGAUGGAUCAGCUGAUCGCUAGAGGGCCGCCUCCUCGGUCGGAGCGACCAUCCUCAAGUAACCGAACCUGGAGGAGGCCGCCAGCCCCUACGGCAGCGAUCAUAGAAGGAGAAGGGCAAGAAGAUGGACGGCGGCAUCUAGGUCGAGAAUGUGACGAUCUAGAUGAGGAAGAGAGGCAAGGUCGCCGACACCUGGGGUGUCGGUUCAUCAUGGGAGGAAACACUGGAGGAGACUCGGUAUCCUCCCGGAAGAAGUGGAAGAACAUGGUGUACCUGGCCGAGGUACAAAGACCGUCGUUGCCUAAGCGGAAGAAGAAGGAACCUCUGAUCUUUACAGACGAGGAUUAUCCCCCAGUCCUUAGCCCUCACAGGGACGCUCUGGUGAUAAAGGUAGAGAUCAAUAAUGUGGUUGUUCACCGAACUUUGGUCGAUACGGGCAGCUCGGUCAACGUUAUGUACAGCAACACCUUUAAGGAGUUGGGGUUGUCCCGAAGCGACCUAAAACCAAUCCAUACGCCGCUAUUAGGGUUCACGGGGGAUACAAUCGAAGCUGAAGGCACUAUCACGGUGAAGGCCGGGGUAGGAGAUGGCACCCACCGACUCUGGGUCGACAUGGAAUUUAUGGUAGUGCAGCUCGACUGUGCACACCAUUUGAUUCUGGGACAACCAGGGUUGGAGGACCUGGAGUGCGUAAUCUCCCCCGUCCACUUAUGCCUAAAGUUCAACACUCCCACAGGGGUGGGGAUAGCAAAGGGAAACCAAAGCCUGUCACGGUCGUGCUACGUUAGGGCGACCAAGAGCCAAGCCCGGGUCGACGAGAAUGUGAGUACGAUUUGUGCCGCAAUCCAGAAGGAGGAAGGGCGACCACGAGCUGAGCCGGCGGAGGAGGUCGAGGAAGUUUCUUUGGACCUGGACGAACCAGAGCGGAAGGUGAAGCCAGAGCCCGGAGAGAUCCUAUUUCUGUACUUAGGAAUCUCUCCUCGAGCUGUGAGCUCGGUGCUUGAGGAGGAGGGCGUACAGCGACCUGUGUACUAUGUGGCCCGGGUGUUGCGAGGGGCGGAGCAAAGGUACACCAACAUGGAGAAAACCAUCUUUGCGGUGAUAGAGUUUAAGCCACGACCGGUGAUAAAGGAGCAGGCGUUAGCCGAUUUCGUGGUAGAGUGCACAGCAAGAGAGGUGGAGUCUAGUGGAGGAGAACCCGAAGGGAGCUGGUGGACGGUAUACACCGAUGGUUCGUCCGCGACUGAUGCUUCCGGGGGAGGUGUCGUGGCGAUAUCACCGGAAGGGUUCAAAGCAUAUUACUCCGUUAGAUUCCGGUUCAAAGUCUCAAACAAUGAGGCUGAAUACGAGGCUCUGCUUUGCGGUUUGAGGCUAGCAGCUUCAUUAAAAGCUGAACGAAUUCAAGUCCGGUGCGACUCCAAGCUAAUAGUAGGUCAUGUCACUGGAGAGUUUGAGGCCAAGGAUGAGCGAAUGAAGAAGUAUAGAGACAUCGCCCUGGAAUUGCUCAAAGCAUUUGGAGCGUACCGGAUAGAGCAGGAAGAGGAAUUACUCGAACCAAGCAUCAGUCUCGGACGAGUAUUGGUCAUCACACACAAGGAGCCAGCGGACUGGAUUGAUGAGAUUACUAUGUACCUCCUUGAUGGGUCGCUACCUACCGACCCAAUCACGGCGAAAGUGGUAAAGCGGCGUGCACCCAGUUACACAUUGGAGUGCGGUCGAUUAUACAAACGGUCGUACAAUGGUACAUUGCUAAGGUGCUUAAGAGCGGGCAGAGCACAGAAGUUAAUGGAGGAAAUCCAUGAAGGAAUAUGCUCAGCACAUCAGGGAGCCUUCACGAUGUCCAGGAAAGUAACCCUACAAGGAUACUUCUGGCCAACGAUUAUUAGAGAUUGUGCAGAGUAUGUGCGCAAAUGCAAGGUCUGCCAGGCGUUCCAGAGGGUGCCGGGGCGACCGGCGACGAAUUAUACCCCGAUCAGUACGGCGAUUCCUUUUGCCCGGUGGGGCAUUGAUCUAGUUGGCAUUUUGCCUAGAGGGACAGGGAACAACACAUACCUGGUGGUCGCGAUUGAUUACUUUACCAAGUGGGUCGGGGCCGCUCCCGUGCCGACCAUCACUGUAGAACAGAUGACGAAGUUCGUUUCUAAGCAAAUCUUGUGCCGAUUCGGGGUGCCCCAGCAGAUCAUCACCGACAAUGGAACCCAAUUCGAGGCCAGAGGGUUCAAUGAGUUUCUACAGAGCUGGGGCAUAAAGCACAGCUAUGUAGCGGUCGGGUACCCCCAGACCAAUGGACAAGUCGAGAACACCAAUCGUACCAUCGUGGACGGUCUCAAGAAGAAAAUAGUGGAAUGCAAAAGUAUCUGGGUGGAGGAAUUGCCCUACAUCUUGUGGACCUACAGAACUACCCCAAGGAAGGCUACAGGUGAAACUCCUUUCUCACUCACAUAUGGAUUUGAAGCAAGGGCUCCAACGGAGACCUCGUUGCUGAGUUAUAGAGUGGAGACGUUUGACGCUCGAGAGAAUGAAGAGAACUUGGGGGCAGAGCUGCACCUCACUGAUGAGCGAAGAGAAAGGGCAUACAUACGGGCAGAAAACUACCGCCGGCAAGUCAAGUCAUAUCACGACUAGCGGGUGCGACCAAGGCAGUUCAAGGUUGGCGACUGGGUCCUUCAAAAGAGGGAGGUCAGUCAGCUGACCGAUGGAGGGAAGUUUGCUAAAAGCUUCGAGGGGCCAUAUAUCAUAAAGGAGGUGUUGGCUG